CUUCAGUCCCAUUUUCAGCAAGUCAAGCUAAAAAGACGAGGAAGGAGAAAGAAAAAGCUCCCUGCUUCACUAAAAAGGGUCCUCCUUUUUCCCUGACCAAAGCAAAGGUCUUUUCUUUUCACACUUUCUUGGACGACCACAAAGGCCAAAGCCACAUUGGUGGCUUUUUAACAAGCUCGGAAACAAAAAAACAACCUCUGGCUCCAACCCAGCACGCAAAAACCCACCAAAACUGUUUUAUUUAGGAAGAAACAAGGUCGAGAACAGAAGAACAAGAAGAAGUUAACGAAAAAAAAUGGCAAGAGAGAAGAUUCAGAUCAAGAAAAUUGCUAACGCUACAGCUAGGCAGGUGACUUUUUCCAAAAGGAGAAGAGGGUUGUUUAAGAAAGCUGAGGAGCUCUCUAUUCUCUGUGAUGCAGAUGUAGCUCUCGUCAUUUUCUCAUCUACUGGCAAGCUCUUUCAGUAUGCUAGCUCAAGCAUGGUGGAGAUUUUAGAAAGGCGCAACUUGCACUCAAAGAACCUUGAGAAGCUGGAACAACCAUCUCUUGAGUUGCAGCUUGUAGAGAACGGCAACCAGUCCAUGCUGAGUAAGGAAGUAGCUGAGAAAAGUCAUCAGCUGAGGUAUCCGUCUGUUUUGUUCCUUAUUGGUUUGUGCAUAUUAUGUGUGUGGAUACAUAAUGAUUUCGCCUUAAACAGGCAAAUGAGGGGUGAGGAACUCCAAGGAUUAAGUAUUGAAGAACUACAGCAGCUAGAAAAGUCUCUGGAAUCUGGAUUGAGCCGUGUGAUGGAGAAAAAGGGUCAAAAGAUUAUGAGAGAAAUCAAUGACCUUGAAAGAAAGGGAAUGCAAUUGAUGGAAGAAAACGAACGAUUGAAGCUGCAAAUAUGCAAUGGCCGUAAACAAAUUGCUAGUGAUUCAGAGAUUGUGUUUUGCGAGGAUGGCCAGUCAUCAGAGUCUGUGACCAACGUUUGUGCCUCUAAUGGUACUCCACAUGACUAUGAGAGCUCCGAUACAUCCUUGAAGCUAGGGUUACCGUAUUCUGGUUAAUUGCGAAAGGUUGGAGGAGAUCGACUUGCUAGCAAGAUAUAAUUGACUGGAAAUUAAUGAAAUGCAAAGCUAACCUCUUGAUGUAUGUAGGUAUAAAAGUUUAAUGUGUAACUUUGAAAGACCAAAUUUGGAGCAUGAUACUUGGCUUAAAGCACUUUAUACCCUCCAUUUCCUACCCCCCUAAUUGUAGUAUCACGUAAUUAGAGCAACUCAUCCAAAAAUCUUAGCUUUGCCAGGGCACUCCUUUAAUUCAUCCUGUUAAGCAACUGUAGUGCUGUGGCUUUGGCACUUGAUAACUGAACAUCGUGUAAGAUGUAUUUUUGAGAAUAUGUAUUGAUAAUUACGUUUACCUUC